AACGUAUUUCCAGGAAAACCAGUUGACUUCGCGGCAUUCCUCGAAAUCGCUAAAAAAGAACACAACAGCGGUGAUGAACUUACCGAGAUCAUCAAGGCCCUGAAAGGAUUAGACAGAUCCGGCACUCGGUCGAUUCCUGUUCAGGAGCUUCGAUCCAUACUCGCCUCGAUUGGCGAACGUAUGAGUCUUCAAGAAAUCGAUUUAAUGUUGAGGCAGGUCGCUGUUGGUGGUAUUGUGCCACAUCAGAAGCUCAUCGAAUACAUCUCAAAGUAG